AUGGCUUCAGAUAAAUCCACCCCGAGAAGGACAGUCGAAGACGAUGAAGCACGUCCGUACAUCAUAGUCAGCGAUAUCGGACAGGGAAGCUUUGCAACUGUAUACAAAGGAUACCAUGAAGAAACUCACCACCAGGUCGCAAUCAAGUCUGUGCGGCGGGAUAUACUUACUGCAAAGUUGUUCGAUAACCUGCAAAGUGAAAUCGAGAUCUUGAAGUCAUUAUCUCAUCGUCAUAUUACGAAGUUGAUUGACAUUGUUCGCGCCGAACGCAACAUAUACCUUAUCAUGGAGUACUGUGCCGGCGGUCGCGUCGAGGGUCUUGAGUACGCGCCCUCACCGGGUGCUGCUCUCCAAUAUUACCCUCACCCAAGAAUGGGCGGUCUAGAUGAGAUCGUCGUGCGAAGUUUCCUGCGUCAGCUUGCACGCGCUUUGAAAUUCCUUCGACAACGAAACCUUAUCCACAGGGAUAUCAAGCCCCAGAAUCUGCUCUUGAAUCCUGCAUCGCCAGAGGAACUUGCGAAGGGUCAUCCUUUGGGCGUACCCAUACUCAAGGUCGCCGAUUUCGGGUUCGCACGCAUCCUCCCGAAUGCUACGAUGGCAGAGACUUUGUGUGGUUCUCCUCUUUAUAUGGCUCCCGAGAUAUUGCGAUAUGAGAAAUACGACGCGAAAGCUGACCUAUGGAGUGUUGGCGCAGUGCUGUACGAGAUGUGUGUUGGAAAACCACCAUUCCGGGCCAAAAACCACAUCGAACUCUUGAAGAAGAUCGAACAGUCCAAAGGUGUCCAAUUCCCAGAUGAGAAUCCUGCCCGUGCUCCUUCUAAUCCCUCUAUUCCGCCUACAAUAAAGACAGAAGAGCCUACGCUCGUUGCUGCUGACAUUAAGGACUUAAUCCGUAUCUUGCUCAGGCGGCAGCCUGCUGAGCGCGCCAGCUUUGAGGAGUUCUUCAAGAGCAAAGCACUCGCAAAGUCCAAGUUUCCUCGUCCUGCACCCGAACUGCCGUCGCAAACUGCGGCCCAAAUUCCUGAACAUCAUAGAAUAAUUCCACCAGAAGUGCUUGAUCCAAAGGCCAUGAUCCCGCCCAGUAAGUUCCAUUUUCGAAGAAGAGACGCUACAACGGAGGAUACGACGACUACGAACAGCGAUCGAAUACGAACAAGUUUUAAUCCACCUGUCUCUGAAAAGGAAAAGGCAGGCCCAAAGCUCCUUGCAGUUGAAGGUUCCAUCAUUCCAGGAGAGUCAGAGGAGGAUGGACUCAUCCGCAAGGAGUACGUUCUUAUCGACCAGCGUGCGGUCGAAUUCACUCGCGCAGUUGAUGAAUUAGACAGUGCACGGCGACCACUGCGUGACCGGCGUGUUCCCUUGUCACCUCUCGCCGGCGAAGCGAACCCACCCGAUCACACAGCAUCACCUCAGUUAGGUUCGUUGCUAUCUGCACCAAUACCUACAUUUCCACCACCUCCCCACCCCCUCGCCCCUCCACUGUCAUCAUCUCCCACGCGUGUCGCUACCAACGCUCUAAGUCGUGCGCUUUCUCUCGCCUCCCGUAAGCUAUUUGGUACAUCGACACCGAAAUCACCUGCUUCUCCCGGCUCCAAUUACUACCGGACCUCCUCGUCCCCUCGACGUCCACAACUCAUUCUCCGGACUCCGUCUGAAAGAGAGAAGGAAUUGGACCCUAUGGAAGACGAGCUUCUUGCGGAUUUGGAAGAACUUGCGCAAAAGACAGAUUUCCUCACGCAUUGGGCUGAUGAGAUGUAUGAGUAUGUCAAGGCUGUACCUCAAAAGCCACUACCUGAUCCAGCGAAGUUUAUACGACGUGAAGGCGAGCCUGAAAGACAUGCCCAGCGCCGGCGAAACGCGGACCAAGAAGCCGAAUACAAUGCUGUGACAUGCGUUGCCGUCUACAUGCUCCUCAUGUCUUUCUCGCAGAAAGGGAUCGACAAGCUGCGGCACUUCCAAGAACACCUACGAAUGCGUCACCCUGAUGGUGAGUUCGAGGUGAGCGAAGGGUUCGAUGAUGGUACGUUCUAUUUCCGUAUUCGGAACGUAGACCAGUGCUUAUAUGGUAUGAAUGAAGCUCUAUCGUGGUUCAAGGAACACUUUAUCAAAUGUAGUGAACGGGCUGCGCUGGUGAAGACGUGGCUUCCAGUGCAAUAUGAUGGCCCUAAGAUAUACCUCGAUCAGCUGAGCCGCACCGCAGCCCGGAAGGAGCUUCUCGAUCAAGCAACAGCCCCAGAUGAAUGCGAGAAGCUAUACGAAGAAUCGCUUUGGUGCCUGUACACACUCCAAGAUGACCUACAGAGCGAAAAUCCUUUUAUGGAAGAGGACCGUGCCACAAUUGCUACCUGGAUCACUCGCACGAAGCUCCGUCUCAUUCGGUGUCGUGCGCGCAUGGGCAUGAACGACAAAGAUCGGUUACGAGAUGCGCUUGCCGAUCAGAAUCUCGUGGAUGCUCGAUACCCCCCACCAUGGGACCCACAAGCGGUGCAGCAGGUGCAACAGCAGCAGCUCCAACAAGACGCCGCUGUGUCACGGUCAUAG